CCAGCGUACAACACUAGACGCCCCUAUCUCCGAGAGAGAUCGAGCUCCCUGCCUGCCAGCUAGACCAGUAGUAUCCCGCGAGAGUGGGGAGAGAAACCGAGAACGUAACAUGGCUUCGGCAUUGUCAUUCCCAAUCAUCGACAUGGGGAUGCUCGGUGGGGAGGAGGGGCCGGCGGCGAUGGAGCUGCUGCGUGAUGCAUGCGAGAACUGGGGAUUCUUUGAGAUUCUGAACCACGGCAUCUCAACGGAGCUGAUGGACGAGGUGGAGAAGCUGACCAAGGAACACUACAAGCGGGUGCGGGAGCAGAGGUUCCUCGAGUUCGCGAGCAGGGCGCUCAAGGACGGCUGCGACGCGCAGGGCGUCAAGGCGGAUGACCUGGACUGGGAGAGCACCUUCUUCGUCCGCCACCUCCCGGAGUCCAACAUCGCCGAGAUUGCCGACCUCGACGACGAGUACAGGCGCGCGAUGAAGCGUUUCGCCGGCGAGCUGGAGACGCUGGCGGAGCGGCUGCUGGACCUGCUGUGCGAGAACCUGGGCCUUGAGAAGGGGUACCUUGCGCGGGCCUUCCGCGGGCCCAGCGGCGCCCCGACGUUCGGCACCAAGGUCAGCAGCUACCCGCCGUGCCCGCGCCCGGACCUCGUGAAGGGCCUGCGCGCCCACACCGACGCCGGCGGCAUCAUCCUGCUGUUCCAGGACGACCGUGUCGGCGGGCUUCAGCUGCUCAAGGACGGCGAGUGGGUGGACGUGCCGCCCCUGCGCCACUCCAUCGUGGUCAACCUGGGCGACCAGCUGGAGGUGAUCACCAACGGCAGGUACAAAAGCGUGAUGCACCGGGUGGUGGCGCAGGCCGACGGGAACAGGAUGUCCAUCGCGUCGUUCUACAACCCGGGCGGCGACGCGGUCAUCUACCCCGCGCCGGCGCUGGUGAAGGCCGAGGAGGCCGCGAGGGCGUACCCCAGGUUCGUGUUCGAGGAUUACAUGGCGCUGUACGUGCGGCACAAGUUCGAGGCCAAGGAGCCCCGGUUCGAGGCCUUCAAGUCCAUGGAGACCGAGAGCUCCAAACGCAUCGCCAUCGCGUAACAAUUGGCCGGGCAGGCAUGCGCCUAGCACCCAAUCCUGGUUUCCAACUUUCGAUUUGUGACAGUAGCACACGGGAUGCUCGCUGCUGUACGUGUACCCUAAAGCCUACUCUGAAUAAAUAACGAGCCGGUUAUUUUGGUGGAGAUAAAGAGAACUUUUUCUGGUUUAUUUUGGUGGAGGUAAAAUUACAACGAUGCAGAUUAGUUAAAUUUGUUAGUUAUUAUACAACUUUGUUUUUAAUCGUACAUGUAUAAUCAGGUAGCAAAUACUAGGUUACUAACCAUUAAUGCCCGCGCUUCACUG